CGUCACAGUGCAGGCGCCAAAUCUGCAGGAAACGAAAAUCAUCAACACACCGUCAGCGUUUAAAGUCUCACCAACAGCCAGCAGUCAUGGACCUUGGCCCUUUUGAGAGUGACAACAGCGUGAGCUGCCGGCUGGUGUCGGAGAUCCCUGAAGCCUGCCGGACAGAGGACUGCUGUCUGGGGGUGGAUGAAGCAGGCAGAGGACCCGUGCUGGGGCCCAUGGUUUAUGGGAUAUGUUUCUGCCCAGUUUCUAAAAAGGAGGCGCUGAAGGACUUGAAAGUAGCAGAUUCAAAGACGCUGACGGAGACGGAGAGAGAGAAUCUUUUCCAAAAACUAGAUGAAGCCAAAAGCUUUGUGGGCUGGGCGCUGCAGGUUCUCUCGCCCAACACCAUCUCCACCAGCAUGUUACAACGGACAAAAUACAACCUCAAUGCCCUUUCACACGACACAGCCAUCGAUCUAAUACAGUAUGCCCUGGACAAUGGAGUACAGCUAAAAGAGGUUUUCGUCGACACCGUGGGCCCCGCAGAGAAGUACGAGCAGAAACUAUCGCAGCGGUUCCCGGGCGUGGAGGUGACUGUGAGGCCGAAAGCUGACUCCCUGUUUCCCGUCGUCAGCGCGGCGAGCAUCUGCGCAAAGGUUGCCAGGGAUCGUGUUGUCAAAGGCUGGAACUUCACUGAAGACCUGGGGGAGGUGGAUGCGAACUACGGAUCAGGAUACCCUAACGAUCCCAAGACGAAAGCUUGGCUGCUCAAGUACCUAGACCCCGUGUUUGGCUACCCUCAGUUUGUCCGAUUCAGCUGGAGCACUGCCCAAACCCUGAUGGAGAGCAAGGCCGUGGCUGUCCACUGGGAUGACGACGAGGAGGACGGGGAGAAGGCAGCGCAGCGGCAGAAGAACAAGUCCAUGCUGUCUUACUUCAGCGCAUCAGCUGGAAGUAAUGAGCAGAAUACGGCCCAGGAGAGCCACCGGUUCUUCACCGAGCGGCGGCUGAAGAGUCUCGACAGCCUCUGAGGACGCUUUAGUAAGCGCAGGUACAAACCGUAAAGUCUUUGUGUGCUGUUUCUACACAAACGGCUUAGGACAUUUUGUUUCAAAAAUGCAA